AUGUUGUCAGUAAAUUUUGAUUGUACAUUCUGUUUCUUUCAAGAAAAAACUGGUCAUGCAGAAGUCGUCCGGGUUGUGUACCAGCCGGAACACAUCAGCUUUGAGGAACUGCUCAAGGUCUUCUGGGAGAAUCACGACCCGACCCAAGGCAUGCGCCAAGGCCACGACCAUGGCACCCAGUACCGCUCGGCAAUCUACCCGUCCUCUGCUGCGCAGAUGGAGGCAGCCCUGAGGUCCAAGGAGGACUAUCAGAAGGUAGGCCCCCUCACCUGCUGCCACCCUGACUCGGGCAGCCCUAAGGGCUGAGGGAGAUUGGUUCUU